AUGUUCCGCUUGACACGCUGCAGCCGCACCGGGCGGGCGAUGAUCUCCCGCGGGAGCCCAGAGUGGUCCCACCGCCUGGACCUCAAGAAGGGCAAAAAGACGACGAUGCUGCACAAACUAGGCACCAGCAAGCCCAACAACGCCCUCCAGUACGCGCAGAUGACGUUGCAUGACCUGACAGAGUGGUGCCUUGCGUACUCCCCGUGGCCGCUCACGUUCGGGCUCGCGUGCUGCGCGGUGGAGAUGAUGCACGCGUACGCCGCGCGCUACGAUUUGGACCGUUUCGGCAUCGUGCCGCGCCCCACACCGCGCCAGGCGGAAAUCAUUAUCGUCUCCGGUACCGUCACAAACAAGAUGGCCCCGCUGCUGAGGAAUGUUUACGUGCAGAUGGUGAACCCGAAGUGGGUCAUCUCAAUGGGAAGCUGCGCCAACGGUGGGGGCUACUACCACUUCUCUUACUCGGUGCUGCGUGGGUGCGAGCGCGCGAUUCCGGUAGACUUCUGGAUCCCCGGUUGCCCACCAUCUGCGGAGAGUCUUGUGUUUUGCCUUCACACGCUGCAAAAGAAGAUACGCUGGCACGAGAUUCAGAAGUACUCCGUACGCGGCUGA